GUUGGAGGAGGAGGAGGUGGAGGAGGAGGAGAAGGGAGGGAGCUGUUGGAGGAGCAGGAGGAGGAGGUGGAGGAGGAGGAGGAGGAGGGAACUGUUGUUGGAGGAGGAGGGAGGAGGGAGCUGUUGGAGGAGGAGGAGGAGGGAGGAGGAGGGAGGAGGAGGAGGAGGUGAAAGUCUGAAUAAGAAAGCAGCUCCUCCCGCCUCCUCGAGCUGCCUGCAGACCCGGACAGCAGAGAGGUCCCACUCCCUUCAGAACCUGGUCUCUGUGUGGAUCUAAGUCUCCUGACUCCUCCGACCCUCCGUCAUGCUGUCCCCGGGACUCUGUGUGUCCCUGCUGGCCUUGUCCUGCGCGCUGGGUCCGGCUGCGGUCCGGGCGGCGUCCUGUGAGUCGGUCCGGAUCCCGCUGUGCCGGUCCAUGCCGUGGAACAUGACCAAGAUGCCGAACCACCUCCACCACAGCACGCAGGACAACGCGGUGCUGGCCAUCGAGCAGUUUGAGGGGCUGCUGGGUACUGGCUGCAGUCCGGACCUGCUGUUCUUCCUCUGUGCGAUGUACGCUCCCAUCUGCACCAUCGACUUCCAGCACGAGCCCAUCAAACCCUGCAAGGCGGUGUGCGAGCGGGCCAAGUACGGCUGCGAGCCGGUGAUGAAGCGGUACAACCACAGCUGGCCCGACAGCCUGGCCUGCAGCGAGCUGCCGCUGUACGACCGCGGCGUCUGCAUCUCACCCGAGGCCAUCGUGAAGGCGGAGGGACCAGAUCCUUACUACCAGGAUCCAGCCAGGUGUAACCCAGAAUCCAGUCCAGACUUUCCAAUGGACUCCAACAACCUCCACUGCAGAGGACCAAAUGGAGAUCGCUGCAGAUGUAAGAGCGUGAAAAUGAGUUUGAGAACGUACCUGAAGAACAACUACAACUACGUGAUCAAAGCCAGGGUGAGGGAGGUGAGGAAUCGCGGUCUGGAGCCCACAGCCGUGGUGGAGGUGAAGGAGGUGCUGAAAUCCUCUCUGGUCAACAUUCCCAAAGAGACACACACGCUGUACUACUCCUCCUCCUGCCUGUGUCCUCCUCUAACUCCUGGGGAGGAGUACCUCAUUAUGGGCUACGAGAACGAGGAGACGUCCAGGUUGCUCCUGAUUGACGGCUCCAUUGCUCAGCGGUGGAAGGACAGAAUGGGCAGGAAGGUCAAGAGAUGGGAUCAGAUCCUGCAGGGCAAAGGACGAGCGAAUCAGCGCCGGAAUCGCCACUAAGACCUGAUCCAGUGUGUGUGUGUGUGCGUGUGUAAUGGUGUGUGUGUUGCGCAUGAGGUGUGUGUAGAUAUUGCACUAUGACAGGAUGUUGUAGCUGAAUCUAGUUCAUCUCUUCAUCAGUCAGACUGUUUGAAGUCUGAUUUUUGUCUUUUAUUUUCUUUGCACAAACAUUAAGUAGUGUGCGUUUAGAGUGUGUAUGCAUGUGUGUGUGUUUUUAAAUGAGUGAGUGUGUGAUAGUGUGUGUGUGUGUGUGUGUGUGUGUGUGUGUGUGCACUUAAAGCACUCAGAAAAGACUAGAGAAGGGAUGUAGCUUCAGAGCUGUAGUACUAAACCUACACACAGCCUUACAGUAUAUUACAGUACCACCUUUUUUUGGACUUGUUUCUUUUCCGUGGCGGCCAUCUUGGCGGUCACAGCUUGCAAUAAUCCUGGAUGUGUCUGUGGUGAUGUGAUGGAGGACAUUUUAAUGAUACAAAAGCCAUUUGACUUGGACAUUUUGGACUAUGAUGGAUCUGUCGCCUUAACUCUUCUGCAGUGUGCAGAAAAAGAAAGAAGAAAAUUCACGUCUUCUGCAGACACGACCAAAGCAACAGGAGCAGCAGGAGCAACAACAUCACCUGCAGCCUGAGCAACAACAACAGCAUGAAGGAGCAAGAGCAACAGCAGCAACUUCUUAAUCAUCCAAGGGCCUUUGACCGUCAUCACAACAGAGAGGCGGACACCUUAAUGCAGCUGUGUUCAUCAAAACUUCUACUUUGGUGAAGGUUUCCUGGACCAGGCUUCAAGAACUAGUCUGCAGACGUCUUUAUUGACUCAAACUGAGGCUUUAUGAAGGCCAUCAUUAAUAAUCAGACUCUACUCUGAGAUAUUUUCUUUUAUCUUUUCUUGUACUUGUAACUUUUAACAGUUGUAAUCCGCCAGUUUUGGUCAGGCCAUGUUAAAUACAUCAUGUGACAUUCAGUGUGUUGUUUGGAUGGUUGAUGCAUUUUCUGUUGUGGGCUGAUGUUGUGGGGAAAGAGGUAUGGCAACACAUCUUCUUAAAGCGACACCAAAAUAGUCCUGUAACAGCGGCUUUUACACUUAAGGGGGAAAAAAACAAAGAGACACUUCAACUUUAUCCUGUCAAGACUGGAUGUUGAAUUGUUCUAUCACCAAGUGUUCAUAUUUGGGACGUUUUGAAGCGACUAAUUUCCUUGUUUGGACAGAAAUUUGAAUUCAAACUAACCUACAAGUCUGAAGAUAAGAAAACACACCAAAAACAGCUGAUAUUGAGCACAAUUUAUUCAACACAUGACCACAAAGUCUGCAGGGAAACAUGUCAAAUUGGUGUGCAGAGUGUGUCUAAGGUUAGCAGAGCUAGCACCCCCAUGCAGGUUAGAGUCCUCAUGCCUGUGCUGGUUCCUCAUUGUUCUGGUGGAGUGGUUAUAUGUCAGUUUAACCAGACGCAACUUUAUCUACAUACACUAGAUCAACAUACUGACAAACCACACUGCGCUACAAGAUGACAUCAUCAUCUGUGCUUGUUUACAUCCAGGUAGUUGAGCUUUGGAGUGUUAUGGCUGCAGCCCUUAACCAGAGCUGCAGCCCCAGCUAGUGGCGGUUUGAGGUUUUGCAGGUUAUACACAACAUAUGAACAGCAUAUCGGGCCUGCAUAAUACAAAUAUUGAGAAUUUGUUUAACUGGUUGUUGAGGUGCCGACUAGCGAGUGUGACGACCUUAAGAAAGUCUGCUAAAGGGCCUUUUCCCAGCAGGCGUUUGGACUCAUGCUGUCACGCACUUGUAACGCUGCAAAACACAAACAUGAAUUUGAUUUUGCUCAACUGGUUUGGAGAGAAGAGGACUAAACUCAUUAAGUCUAGUUUGAGUUGAUGAUGUAUACAUGGCUGUCAUCUGCAUAUUGAGAUGAAGAAGUUGGUGAAGUUGUCUCAGUGAAGAGAGAGAGGGAUAUUAGUGGUGAGACGGAUAGUAGUAGUUGAGGCAGCUGGAGUCUGGCACUUCAACAGCAACAGGUCGUCAAAAGCAGAGAUCCAGAGGAACCUACGAGACAAGGGAGCUCAGGGACUCCAGAAAGGUCUAUGGUUAGAUGUGAAGUUGUCUCAGCCAGGUAACUCUGGAAACCUUGACGGUGCAGAAGUGAACCAGCAGCCCAAACAUCAGGAACCUGAAUCCAGAGCAGCUACACUGAGUCUGCACUUGUCUAAUGUGUUGUCAGGAUGUGUCUCCUAAUGUUCCUUUUCUGUUCUCGUGUUUUGUUUCGCUCUCUGAUAGACGCUCAGUUCCUCCAUAAUCACAGGAGCUGUCCAUGUAAACACACUAACACUCAACACGACUUUAAACUGUACUAACACUCUGAUAUUUUGAUCUCUGGGCUCGUCACAGCAAUAAUAAACAUGAAUUUAGACCACAA